UUAGUUGAUAGAACCCAGUGAUGAAACAUCCAUUGAAUGUUAUGAAACACUUCGAGGUUUAUUAGGCAAAGGUUUGUGAUAGUUUAACAUUAGUGAUUAUUCUUAAAAUUUUCCUGUCAAAUUAUUUUAAGAAAAAGAUAAUGAAACAUCAACAUUAUUUCUCGAUAUGGCUACAUGUUUUGAUGAUGUCGAUAGAAAGAUGAAUGAUGUAUUUAAUCAUCUCCAAAAACUAUCUGUUCCGUCUACAUGGUCUGAACCAAAAUUUCUUAAUUGGAAACAAUUAAAUGUUGCAAAUGUCGAUCAUCGCCAUCUUUUGUCAAAUGUAUUUACAAUGAAUAAAGUUGUUACAAUGCAUCAAGCUUGUCAGUUAGCCGUUGAUUAUUCAAAUGUGAUCAAUGAUAUAAAACUUCCAAUUAUUAAAGACAGUGAUAUGAGUAUAACAGUGAAGCGAUUUGUUGCUGCAUAUGUUCUUGAAUAUUUGAAUAGUCUACCAUCGAUGGCAACUGGCUAUUUGAUUCUUGCAUUAGCCAAUUAUAUUGUACCAUCGUUCAAUUUUGAUGAAAAACAAAUUAAAACAGCACCGUUAUUCGAUAAUUUUAUAAAUAAUAUAUGCAGUAUAAAUCUGAUACAAAAUGAUGAUAAACUAAAUGAAUUACAGCAAAUAUUGCUUCAAUACGAUACUGUAUGGAAAAUGGAAAAUCUAUACGAACGUAUCGAAAAACGUUUAGAAAUACUUCAUAAUCGAAAAGACACGAAUACUUUACAAUUAAAAGCGUUUCGAUGGAAAAAUUAUCAUUCAUUGAAAGAUAUGCAACCAAAAGCAAACAUUCAACGUCAAACAAUUUACGAUGAGUUGACUAAAGAUAAACAAAUAUUAGGCAUGCAAGAUUCAAGUUAUCAAACAGUGGCAGAUAAAGUAGCUGCACUUGAACAAACGGUUGUACAACGAUUACGUUGGGCAACUGGUGCUAAUUGUCUACUACAAGAUCUUCUCAGUAAAUUUGAAAAGAAACAAAAACAACGUGCAAAUGAAAUCGAGGUGAUUAUGUCUUUUUAUUACAUUCUUAUUCGAAGAAGCUUGUACUAAUCCAUCUCUAGACAUGAAUGAGAUCGGAACUAACAAAAUUUUUAUCUCAGGAACUUCAUCAAAAAAUUGUUUAGAAGUCUUGAGAGUUUUUUUAUUUAGAUAUUGAUCUUUCUGUCUAUUACUGUUGUAUGGAAACUUUAUUAAGUCGCCAAACUUCAUGAGUUUCAUUUAAAAAACACGUUUAUAUGUUGUAAUCAAAUAUAUCAUCAUUUAUCUGACUGUUCAUAUCUUCACUGUCUAUAUCGGUAUCUUCCUCAUUUCUCUCAAUCGUCUCAUCUGGUUUUCAUUCGUCUUUACGAGCAAAAUUUUUUUUCGCGACCAGAACUGAAAAUCAUUGGUCCCGCCCAUAUCUAUCCAUCUUUAUUGUUUACUAGCAGAGUCUUCUAAACUGUGUUUUUUACGAAUUAAAAUCGUUCAUUCUGAAAAGAAGUCUCUAAAGCAGUGUAAAACUGAAACGAUACAUAUCAGAAUACGUAAGUAUAAUCUGAACUUCUUU